AUGGAUACAUUUGGAGAUGCGAAUACUUGCAGAAUAUGCUUGAAACAGAAAACUUCUGUGUACUCCUUAUUUCGUAAACAGAAUGGUAUUUAUCUUCAUGAGAAACUUAAAAAAGUAGGUCUAAAAGCCGAUGUCAACGAUAUCGGUCCAUCAAGUAUAUGUAGCGACUGCCUAAUCGAACUGGACAUCACCCUAAACUUCUUGGAAAAAUGUAAGAAAUCGAAGGAAAUCUUCGAAUCACAGUUAUCGCGCGAAUACGAACUGUCUGAACGGAAAGUCGGUUAUAAAGGUGAAGUAUGUAUAAACCGCGAGGAUAACGCUUACUGUGAAAGAGUAGAAAAUUGUCGGGAUAUUGACUCGGAGACGAAUAUCGACAAUGUAACGGAAAAUGUAGAAAAAAGUUGUGAUAAUUUAUCCUUGAGCCUGGAGGAAGCGAAGUGUAGCGAAUGUGGAUCUCACCGUCGUUGCCGCCACUGGAGCCCACCCACGACACAUACUUGUCCAUAUUGUCAGAAAGUUUUUGGAAGAAAAUUUAAUUUUAAAUUACAUCUGGCGCGUCACAGCGGGUCGCGCGAGUGGUGGUGCCGCUCGUGCGGGGCGCGCACGCUGUCGCGCUGGCUGGCCGCCUCGCACUGCGCCCCGCGGCCGCGCCGCGCCUGCCCCGUGCCGGGCUGUGGCAAGACCUACACCACCAACACUAACCUCAACACGCACCUGAGAGUACACAGUGGUGAGAGACCUUUCGAGUGCAACGAAUGUGGGAAGAAAUUCACCAGUAAAAAUACAUUAAGUGAUCACCUCAGGAUACAUACGGGCGCGUUGCCCUACAUCUGCCCAGUGUGCGGGAAGCGUUUCCGCACUAACAAACUAUCAGCGCACAUGGCCACACACUCGCAGACGCGCCUGUCGUGCGCACGCGCCGGUUGCUCGCUGCGCUUCACGUCCCGCCGCGCGCUCGCCCGCCACCGCGCCGCGCACCACUCCGCCCCCACCCCCGCCUCCGCGCCCGCUCCCGCCUCCGCGCCCGCCCACGCCUGCGCCCUAUGCCCCGCCAAGUACCACCACCGACAGUCGCUCAAUAAACAUGUUAAGAAGCAACAUCCUCAGGUCGGUUCUCAUGAACUUUUUCUGUAUUCGUAA